AUCCAAUGUCGAUUCUUUUCGCCAUCCUCCUUUAAUGUUUGAAUGAUAAAUGUCUGCUCCGGGAAACAUGUGUCUAUCGUUUUCCAGCUAUUUUAAUUAAUCCCCUCUCCCUCUCCCUCCCUCUCUCCCUCUCUCUCUCUCUCUCACACACACACACACACACACAUUUUUUCUAGAACAGAAGAGACACCCCAAAAGAAAUCAUCAUUCUUUAACAAAGGAGUUAAGUACCAUCAAAGAAAGAAACAUAUGUACAUAGACUGAUUGAUCAAUCAUGGGGAGAGCUCCUUGCUGCGACAAAGCUAAUGUGAAGAAAGGGCCAUGGUCUCCGGAAGAAGAUGCCAAGCUCAAGUCCUACAUCGAGGAACAUGGCACCGGCGGUAACUGGAUCGCUUUGCCUCAAAAGAUCGGUCUAAAGAGAUGCGGGAAAAGCUGUCGCCUGCGAUGGCUGAAUUAUCUCCGCCCCAACAUAAAACAUGGAGGAUUCUCUGAAGAAGAAGAUAACAUCAUUUGCAGCCUCUAUAUAAGCAUUGGUAGCAGGUGGUCUAUAAUUGCAGCCCAGCUGCCCGGAAGGACUGAUAACGACAUCAAGAACUACUGGAAUACCAGGCUGAAGAAGAAACUUCUUGGAAAGCAGCGCAAGGAAAAACAGGCGCGGGGUAGGGGAAAGCAGCAUUCAUGCGCCGUUCCUGCAGAUAGUGUCAUCUGCCAGCACCCAGCUGUCUACGAGCCUCAAAUGCCGCCUGUGCUUCCAGUACCUAUACCUUACUCAGUCCAAGAGCCACGGUUGAACAACCACGCUUCCAUCAGAAAGCUGUUGAUCAAACUUGGAGGAAGGUUUUCCGAUGUCAAUCAUAUGGAAUUGGAGCAACUCAGGUUUCAGGAUCCUGCCAUUGAUGAAUCCCUCGUUGAACCUGCAGCAGCUUACAAUUAUUCUGUUGAUAUGAUAUCUAAUACUUCUACUCAUCAAGUCCCUUUACUCGAGACAACUUCGGAUGGGUCACCGUCAGUGCCAAAUGCGCCUGAUUUUGGUAUGAUCAAUGGGACCGAUAUGAACACUAUGAAAUCAGGCAUGAUCAAUGGGACCGAUAUGAACACUAUGAAAUCAGGCAUGAUCAAUGGGACCGAUAUGAACACUAUAUUGCACGGAGGAAACCUUAACUUAGCAGCUGAGACUGACCAUGGGGUGUACGAGAAUCAGCAGAAAUUACAAGGGCUGGAGUUCUUUUAUGAUGAUAUUGUCAAUGGGAUUGGGUGUGGGGAAAGCAUGGAUUGGGGGGAGAUGAAUUCUUUGCUUCUUGCAGCAGCUGCAUCGAACAAUAAUGAAGGGCUCUUACAGGGAUCCACCCUGGAGGAGUUUGCUAUUGAUAAGAUGAGGUACCCUGGAACUCAUUGAUGAUCAUUUCAGUAUUGUAUAUUUCAUGGUGUAAAUUACAGUAUUGUGCUUGCGGGAGAGACAUUUGGAUUCGUAUAUUAUUAAAAACCCUAACGGCCUUAAUUAUCUGUAGCAAUAUUAA